AUGAUGGCACGCCCGCUUAACUCGAGCCUCAUCUUUGACAAACGAGUGCUCAUGGGUCUCUGCGCCCUCGUGAUCCUCACAUUUACGUUCGCCUUCCUCUACUCACCAGAUCUGCGGCCGAGCUCCGACUGGAUACCUCCGCUGUCCUCGAAACCCACACCCGUCUUCUCGAUACCGCCGAAGAACGCACAAGAUCCGAACAUCGUCGAACUCGACUACCUCGCCAUCCAACCCAAUGUCACGGACAAGGUGCGCUCAUACUGGAACAUUCCAUACGCAGCGACUGCAGGCGGCAAGAAUAGGUUUCGUGGGCCGCAGCCAGUAAACAGGACAUAUGGCAUUGGAAGGAAAGAGAAGCCGCUCGUAUGGAAGGGGGACCUAGGCAUGUGCCCGCGCAUCCAGAAGAUCGAUCCGAACCUGAGGAACAGGGAGGACAUCGCCGGCGAAGACGUUGUGGGCAUCUUCGCAGACAAGACUGAGGACUGCCUGAGUCUGAACGUAUUCACGCCAUUCGAUGCUGAGGCUGGCGAUGAUCUGCCGGUUCUGGUUAACAUUCCCGGUGGUGGUUUUCACCUGCCUGGCAGGAGUAACGGCGGUGAGAUGGUAGAGAAGGCCAGAAAGGAGAAGGGGCGGAACGGCAAGCUAGACAAGGGCAUUGUCGUGGUGACGAUGUACUACCGCAACGGUAUCUAUGGCUUUCUUUCUGGCAAGGAGAUUGCAGAAGAUGGGGAUUACAACAACGCGCUCAGAGACCAGAGGGCCGCGCUGGAGUGGGUGCAGAAGUACAUUCGCUACUUUGGCGGCAACCCCGACCAUGUUGUUAUCAUGGGUACCAGUGCUGGAGGUGCUUCGGUGCUGCUACAACUCACUGCCAACGAGGGCGACAACCGCGCCCCCAUCCCAGGAACAGGCAGAAAACCCCUAUUCCACGGUGCCAUCGCCCAGAGUCCCGCGAGUCCAACCUUCUUUACACCAACGCAAGCCGAGAAGUUCUACAACGAAGUUGCUGAUGGGCUCAACUGCACCGAUAUCACUUGUGUCCGCAACGCCUCCCCUGGCGACUUAUACUACGAGAACUACCCGAUGAACUUCCCCGGUCGCGAGACACCCCCACGCUGGAUGUGGGCACCCACCACUGAGCCUGCUGGCGGGAUGUGGACUGAGCCUGCACCGGCAGCCAUCAUCCAUAACCGAUAUGCCAAGGUCCCCACCAUCAUUGGCUACACGUCAAACGAAGGCUCGGACCAGGUCAAGAAGACAACCGACACGCUCGGCGAGUUCAAGAGCUACCUCAAAGAUCACUACCCACUCCUCACCGACGACGAUCUCGAUCUCCUUGCCAAAACAUACCCGAACGACCGACACUGGCCUGACAGUGGAAGGUACUGGGAUGCAGUAGCUAAGGCGCAGGGUGAGAUUCGCUACAUCUGCCCGACAUACCUUGCCUCGAAUGCUAUGGGCACAUACAACCCUGGCAAUGUGGCAACAUAUCAGUAUCAGUGGGACGUCAUGUGGGGCGUCGAUAUCGAGAACGGCUUCGGCACCAAGCACGCUGGCACAGUCGGUCAGGUCAUGGUGCGCCGCCACAACGAGAUCUCCGAUUACUUCCUCAGCUUCGUCAAGUACCUCGAUCCCAACGUCGAGAAGGGCAAGGAUACGCCUACUUGGGAGAAGCUGGAUGACAAGAAGAGGCGUCUAUUCUUUACCAACAUCAAGGAGGGCGGCAAGCGCGGCGAUGGCACAAACAUGCUCGGCAAGAUGCGCAUGUGGAUGGAGAGCGUGGACGAGAAGAGAGAGGCGAGCUGUGGCAUCAUUAGGGGGUUGAUGAAGAGGCUGCAGAUGGAAGGCGUCGAGGCCCUAACGCUGGACGAGUAG